ACUUCCCUGCACUCCGAUAAAGCUCGUCCUGCCUCCUGCCAGACCUUCCACUGCUGAAGGGAGAGCCAGUACGCUGCGUUGUGCGUUGCCUAGGAGCCGGAAGCAACAGUGACGAGCAAGCAACAACUUGCCCCACCGAACGCAUCGAACGCCGUCAGAGCACCAGCUCGCACUCGCCCGCCAACGCGACGCACAUCCGCAUAUAAUACAUUUCUGGAGGUGACUGCGGUACACAGCCCAGCAGAAGCGCGAAAAUGAGCCAGGCAGACUUCCUGGGGCGUGCCAUUGAGCAGGUCAAGAAGGCUAUCGAGACCGACACGGCAGGCGACUAUGAGGCAGCGUACCAGCAGUACUACAGCGCGUUGGAGUUGUUCAUGCUCGCCCUGAAAUGGGAGAAGAACCAGAAGUCAAAGGAUAUGAUUCGUGGCAAGGUCGCUGAGUACAUGGAGCGCGCCGAGAAGCUCAAGCAGCACUUGAACCAAAACGACCCUGCGAAUCGCAAGAAGCCUUCCGCCAUGGGCGCAAACGGCAAGUCGGCUGGCGGCAGCGGAAAGGCUGGCAAGGAUGAAGAAGACGGCGAACAGGACGCCGACUCGAAGAAACUCCGCGGAGCGCUCUCCGGCGCCAUCCUCACAGAGAAGCCCAAUAUCCGGUGGGAGGACGUCGCAGGCCUGGAGGGAGCUAAAGAGGCGCUGAAAGAGGCUGUCAUAUUGCCCAUAAAGUUCCCCCACCUGUUCACCGGCAAGCGACAACCGUGGAAGGGUAUCUUGCUAUACGGGCCGCCUGGUACUGGUAAGAGUUAUCUCGCGAAGGCGGUCGCUACAGAGGCGAACAGCACGUUCUUCAGUGUUUCGAGUUCCGACCUGGUCAGCAAAUGGAUGGGAGAAUCAGAACGACUCGUCAAGCAGCUUUUCGGCAUGGCCCGCGAGAACAAACCCUCCAUCAUCUUCAUCGACGAAAUCGACGCCCUCUGCGGCCCCCGCGGCGAAGGCGAAUCCGAAGCCUCGCGACGUAUCAAAACGGAGCUGCUCGUACAAAUGGACGGAGUGGGCAAGGACUCAAAGGGCGUGCUGAUCCUCGGCGCAACAAACAUCCCCUGGCAACUCGACUCGGCCAUCCGCCGCCGCUUCCAAAGACGCGUACACAUCAGCUUGCCCGACACACCGGCGCGCAUGAGGAUGUUCGAGCUGGCAGUGGGCAACACACCGUGCGAGCUCAGCCAGGCCGAUUAUCGACAACUUGCAGACCUGUCAGAAGGCUACUCGGGCUCGGAUAUAAGUAUUGCGGUGCAAGACGCGCUGAUGCAACCUGUUCGUUUAAUUCAGACAGCGACACAUUACAAGCCUGUACAAGUCGACGGCGCCCAGAAAUGGACUCCCUGCUCACCCGGCGACCCACAAGCAGUCGAGAAGUCGUGGACAGAACUCGACGGCGAUGAGCUCCUUGAGCCGCCUCUCAAGGUCCGCGAUUUUGUGAAGGCGAUCAAGAGCAGCAGACCGACGGUCAGUGGAGAGGAUCUGUCAAAGAACGCCGAUUGGACAAAGGAGUUUGGAAGUGAGGGAGCGUAAACGUGGCGCUUUUGGAGGCGUGGUGAGAGAUAAGAUGGUUCUUGCAAUUCAAAUGAUUGACUUGGGGCAUGUGUAGCGUGUCUAUUCUAUACCGCAAGGGCGGCAUGGCGUUUUGAGAAGAGACAUCCAUGGUUGGCGCAUAAACAAAUGAACAUCAUGAUGAACCACCUACUUAGUUGUAUGGAAUAGCCGUACUUCUUUAACGUACAGCACAGUGUAAGCACAUGGGUUUGGCUUUCAAAGCACG